AUGGCACCGAAACGGCAACCGCGCGAGUACAGCGCCGCAGAACUGGCCAUGAUAGAUGACAUCGGCGCUGGUCGUGUCGAUAAGCUCCCCAUGGAGGACAGCGGCAUGCUUCCUCGUGGUGCUUCUGCCAUCGAGAGUCUUGAAAGCCGUCGAACGGGUCUGCAGAAUUCCUGGAAUGAAGCUAUAAAGAAUGGGAAAUUUGAAGACGAAGACGCCGCGUUUGUCGUGGGACAGCAGGAGCUUGCGAAUGGAUCGCUUGCUCGCAUGAGACGAGCGGCAGAAGCAUCGUACAUGGCUCUCAACACUCACUUCAACUUCAACGAUCGCCGUCUUCGACAAAACCGCAACGGUCAAGUUGCCCCUCGAGCACAAUUCUCCCGAGGCGAGCGAGGUCCUUCUCGCGCUGGACUGACUCACACGGGAGACGGCCCUGUUGAGCUUCGCGGGUCAGCGCAUCAUAGUGGUCAACCAGCUUCUGCACGCCCCAUGACUACGCCUGCGCACCAUGCUCGGCCAGUGGCCCAGCCUACUGCUGUUCUUGUCCAGACUCAUGGCCCUCAACAGGACGUUCAGGUACGGACGACUGAUACCGGUAUGAAGUUCCAGCUGUCAGCUGGACACUCGAUACUGUUCCAAGCAGCGGUCAGAUUUGCGUCGCCAAUGUUCAACGACCGAACCGGGGAAUACCCCGGAACAAUUUACCUGGUCGAUGGCCCUGUCGGCGCCGACGAUCAGAUCAUCCUCCAUCUUGACGAGGACAGUGUGGAGGACGUGAAACGUCGUACCAAAGAAUAUGUCGACUAUCUUUCUGAUUCUGAUCGACUCAUUCUCCAGUUCAAGGAUGACGCUGGUUGCACCACCUGGUUCGUCGUGAUAUUCCGCCAGAGGGAUAUCAUGGAGUCGUUCGUGAGUGCCCUACGAGACUUCACCGACCGACUCAAGCAACCACUUGCAACCCCUGUUGUCACUCCGGCCCAAGCAGACACUAUGAGGGGUUUCUCGGCGGCGAUUGUCGAGGACAUUGUGACGUGGGCAAUACACAUUGUCUCUUUUAUUCGAGACGCAGGCCCUCCCGAAUUGGCAACUUCGGACGCACUACCUGGAAUCAUCCGAGGAGCGUCGGCUGCGGUUUUGAUGGAGAAGCAUGCUGACUUUGCGAGCCUCGACUCUAAGCAGCGGGUCACUUUCGUCGAUGAAGUCUACGCCCCACAGGUAUUCGACAGAUUCAAGAGAAGAAUGUUUCCCAAUGAACCUAAAUCAGCAGACGCGCCCAGUGAGCGCUGUCGGCUGACAUAUACCACGGAGAGGCUCCUACAGCUUCACUGCAAGGCCUAUGGGAAACCUCCAAAAUUGGCCGAGCACGAAUUUCUCCCACAGACCACCCCAGAGACUCAAGUCCGGAUUCAGCAGGUAAUCCAACGAGCUCAUGGAGUCCUGAAGGCACCAGAUCUGUCCAUCCCGACACCUGGUAUCACUGUGACUACAACGGACCCCAUGCCAACUCCGGAGGAGCCUCUCAUCGCCAUUCAUGGUGAGAUGAACGGGCUCAACUCUUCCAGACAUAACAAGGACGGUGGUGACGUCCUUGGAACAGUCGCAGGACAGUUCACAGGCGUGUUGGCCAACGAUAAGUCCCAUCUAGCAGACUUGAUGUGUCUCGACGGAGGGGAAGACUUCGACUUGAUCCGGGCGCAAGACCCCGAGGUGGCCGAGAUUGCUGACCGCUUUGCGCGAGUCAGCUUUGUCGAUUGA